CAGCGACUAGUCCAGAGGGACGUUCCAUCUCUUUAUUUCUGUGAUCUUACACCAACCAUGAGCUCUGAGUGGGAAGAAGCGUUUGACGAAGUCUCUGGCCGUGCCUACUACUUCAAUCGUGUCACAGGAGAAACCUCAUGGACUCUGCCAGGUGAAGAUACAGCUGAAUCCAGAGCUUCGACUGAGAAUGAAUGGCAAGAGAGUUUUGAUGAAGCCUCGCAGACGGUUUAUUACUACAACAUUCACACUGGAGAGACAUCCUGGACGCUACCUGAAGAGAAUGGAGACGAAAUCGGCCAUUCUUACUUAGUUUUCGCUGUCGUCCGACUGCAGUCUAUGUUUCGCGGUAUGAAAGACCGAAAGCGAGCUCGUCGACUGGUUGCGGCUCAGUACCAGUGUACUACAGAUCCAGACACUGGGAAAAUAUUGUAUACUAAUCUAGACACCAACACUUCUUCGUGGACUAAACCAGCGUUGUUUGGUCCGCUUCAGAUUCCUGAUAACGGUGAGAUCGAAGAAGAAGAGGAAGAUGCGGAUGACGACGACUUUGAUGGGUUUCAACAGGACGCUGCUGAAGACGCUGAAGACGAAGAUACUACAGCAGAGAUAGCUGGGAAUGACGUUGAGGUUGAACUGAACGAAGUGACUGAGAAGAGGCAGCGUAAGUAUCCUCGCUCUAAAGCUCAGCAAAUUGUUGAUGCUGCUGAGGACGCAGAACAGGCUCAGUUGCUGGAUAUGAGUGGCCUGGACGCUUGGAAACUGUCGUCUCGUAUCUGGAAUCUCUUGUAUCUGAAGAAACUCGUGCUUUCCAACAAUUGUUUAAAACGAAUUCCAUCCGGAAUUCAAGACUUAAUUCAUCUCGAGGAAUUGGAUGUGAGCCACAAUCAACUCACUAGACUCCCGUCAUGUUUGCAGACAACGACGACGUUGGCUUCGAUUCGAGCGGCUUACAAUCUUAUCCAGACAUUUUCUCCGAAGUUGUGGAAGCUACGAGAGAUUCGGCAUCUGGAUCUAUCACACAAUCGACUUAAAGAAUUGCCAUUCGUAGAAGGGGACUUGAAACUACUUCGAGAAACACGGGAGUGGCAAGUCGGUGUGGGGCUGUUGGUACAGCUAGAAGUGUUACUUCUAAACAGCAACCAACUGGUCCAAGUUCCCAAGUCGAUUGAGAAAUGUAGCCAUCUCACAGUACUGGACAUGUCGAACAACCAGCUCACUACACUUAGCGACGAAGUAUCUGCUCUUGCUUCGCUGGAAAGAUUGACACUUCACCACAAUGCUCUAUGUGAAUUACCAGACACUAUUGGCAGUCUGACACAUUUGCAAGAAUUGGAUCUGGCACAUAACCGCUUGUUAGCUCUGCCUGAUAGCAUCGGAAUGCUACACAAUCUCGAGACACUGAACCUGUUUUCCAACCAAUUGAGACUUCUACCCACGGAGUUUGGCUCACUUGGUCAACUACGUCAUCUCGAUCUCAAUAACAAUCCAAAAAUCAUCAACCUCGAGGCCUUUUUCAGACAUCUCCCAAGUGUUGAAUUCUUCUCUGCGUCAUCGUGUGGGAUCAUAGCAUUCGAGUCGUUGGAUUUUCUUAAAGAUUCGCCAGUUCAGAGGCUUCGACUCAGUCAAAACGCACUGGUAGAAUUCCCGUUACUCAUUGGACAUGCCGCAAUGCAAGACACGCUCCAAGAGCUCGUACUCGCAGGUAACGUCCUCGCUCAAGUUCCAUUAGCAGUGUUAUUAUACUGCAGUCAUUUACAGUAUUUCGAUCUCUCGAACAAUUCACUACGAGUCUUGCCGACUGAAAUUGGUCAUCUUCGACGACUGGAAGUGCUAAAUUUGAAUCAUAAUUCACUCCAGGAGCUUCCAGAUGAGCUGUCACAGCUUCCUCGUCUAAAAGAACUUCAGUGUGAUCAUAACCAACUCGAACAGUUACCACUCCGGUUAGGUAACUUAGUUCAAUUAAGCAAGUUGAGCGUGUCAUUUAACCGACUUCGUUCCAUGCCGACGUCGCUGAUGGAGUUAACGCAACUGCAAUCUCUGCAUGCUAGUGACAACUUGAUUGCUACACCUCCGCCAGCGCUUUACCACGUGAAGUGCUUCUGUGACUUUUCCAACAAUCCAUUUACGACUCAACUGCACCAGCAGCAACAGAGGCUGCGAGACCGUCACGCGCUUGCGUUGAAAUAUGUUGAUACAGGAGAGUACGACAAAGCAGAAGAACUACUGACGAAAUUGAUAGAGGAAGAGAAGACACUUCCUUACGUCGAGCAGAAACGUGAGAGACCGCAAUUGCAUUAUAAACGCGGUUUCUGUCGUUUUAUGCUGAUGAAGAACGCAAGACAAGUGAUCGAUGAAACGUCCGUUAUGAUAAGCGAUUACGAGAAGGAAUUGCAUGGAGUUGAGUUGACACAGACUCAUCAUCUUCGACUAAAGAAUAAGCAGAAGGAAAGUUACGAAGAGCGACCAGAAUCACAAGAUAAAUCAGACAACAAAAGCUCUCAACCCAAACACUCGGUGAAUAAUGAGUAUACUGAGGCCGUAGACAGACGUGCUCAAGCCCGGCAAGAUCAUGAAAUAUUUGCUAAUGGAGCACUGACAGAUCUACAUGAGGCAAUUAAAUCAGGGUGCAUCGAGCUCACAACGGCAUUUCAUCUGAAAGGCCUUGUUCACAUGGCUUUGUAUCAAUAUCCCGAUGCCAUUGACAAUUUUACAACAGCACUAAAAGAAGUUCACGCUCCACUUCCAGAUACCGACAUCACGGACAAUCAGCAAGAAGUGAUUGAAGAGCUGGAGCCCAUAACGACUAUUCCUGAAGCCAGUAUUCAGCUUUUCUUGUAUCGUGCCGAAGCCUAUCGUGGUCUUGGGCAGCUUCCAUUGGCCAUCGCUGACUUACACCACAUCAUUUCACACUAUCCUAUCCAACUUGACAGCUCGAGUAUUGCAAUUCUUAAAAAGGAGUACCUUCAAGCGUGGGAAGCCGAGCAAGCGGGCUGCAAUGUCGAUGACGCUGCUCUCUUACGUGCCUUUAAUAUCGAGACUCGAUCGGGACUUGCUCGACGACUGGAAGUACUUGAUGUUCGUGCUGAAGCUCUAGCAGCAGCAAACGCCAAGGAAAGAGCAGGUAGUAAAAAAGCUGUCGCUAGUAAGCGAGCAUCUCCAGCCGAACGCUUCUGGCUUGAGUGUGAAGCGCACACAGAGCUGCUGAUAACAGAGCGAAAGAAAGCACGAGCCCCGUUUGAAGAGAUAAGCGCACACAGUCGAGUUUUCUUGGAUCGAGCACGAGACUUUAAACGCGAGAUUCGAGCUACUCUGCAGAUGGAGAUGGAGGAGAAUCGACAACAGCAUGUCGAGAGAGAAAUCGCCCGUGAAGCGGAGAGGAGACGGAUCGAACUACAGCGUGAAGUCGAUGAGCAGAUGUUCAUGAAGUACGAAGACGAGUGGAUGCACUGGUUUGUGAGUGAGGAAAUUCGACUUGAAAAUGAGCGAAGACUUCGCGUAGAUGAAGCUCAAAGACGAGCAGACGCUAAAGUCGCAUACGCUGCGAGACUGUCGAAACGCGGUGGCAAGCGGCAGGCUGCUGUUGGUCAACGGGGUAAAGGAAGCUCAAAACGCUAAUUGAAUAUUACAAUACGUACAAUGUCAGUAACUUCUUCAUCGAAGCUGAUGAUAUGAACGUUUGGAAGCUGGUGCC